UCAUAGUUUUCGACUUGGCAACGGUUAAGAUAUUGAGCUUAACAGAAGAGGUUUUUACAUCAGAAAAUUACUUGACAUAUGAGUCUGAAUUUCAUGGACGUGUUAGCACAUACCUUGAUGCUAUUAGGAUAUAUGUGAUGCCUGAAUCACUUGCACUUGGUCGAAACUCUACAACUAAAGACAAUUCCAUGCAUGAGGUUCAUUUCUUAAAGUCUCUUUCUCAUAUUCUUGUUCUUAACUAUUUAUGUUUCAAGCCUUAUCUAAAAAUGAAUACUGAUUAUUCAUGUUGUUUUAAAGUUAAAACUAUCCUCAUAUAUACUUGUGAUUGAAUUUUUUUUUCACUAUAAGGGACAUUUUUUUGACUUCCCGCCGUGGGCAUCCAAAAUAUCAGGGCCGGCCCUGCUCAGGAAAUAAACACACAAAUUCAUACAUUCUACACGGAUCGGGAAAAACCCAUAUGCCAGAAGUUCCAAAUCCAUCCAUAGUUAAGUACUCAUUAAUCAAUAUGGAAACAGAUGAAGAAGAAGCUUCAAGAAUUGUUCCUUUUCAGCUUCAAUUCGACAAGCCAGUAGCUUCCCAGAUUAAAAUAGCUGAAUGGAAUCCAGAGAAAGAUUUGCUGGCUAUGGUUACUGAGGAUUCAAAGAUUUUGUUGCACCGGUUUAAUUGGCAGAGGCUAUGGACUAUCUCUCCAGGAAGGUGCAUAACAUCUCUAUGUUGGCGUCCGGAUGGUAAAGCAAUAGCUGUUGGGCUUCAAGAUGGGUCAAUCUCAUUACAUGAUGUUGAGAAUGGGAAGCUGUUACGAAGCAUGAAAUCCCACACAACUGCUGUUGUAUGCCUGAACUGGGAGGACGAUGGAGGUGGAGAAAUUGCAGAUGACAACUUCUAUAUCUCAAAAUAUGAAGAUCGAACUUCUCGUUUCUUUCCUCCUCCCCCAAGAGUUCCUCGGGUGCCUGGACUUGUGCCUGGAGAGACCGGUUUCAUGGAUGAAAGUGAAAAUUUGUCACAAGAAUUAUCAAAUUCUUCACAUCAGCGAUUUAACAUCCUGUGCAGUGCAGAUAAAGACGGAAUCAUAAGCUUUAGUAUAUUCGGCAUAUUUCCAAUUGGGAGAACAGAUAUCCAUGACCUUUCUGUUCUUUGUCCACUUGCAAACAAGCAUGUCGAUUGCAAACUGUUGAAUGCUUCAAUCUGUAAGGUGGCGUUCUCCAAAGAUCUUUGUCAUUUGACUGUAUUAUGCUCUGGGGAGCUUCAAGUUCCGGGGGAUGAUUUGCAUGGUUUCCACUGCUUAACACUUGAUACUUCAAUAUUCUAUAGAAGGAGAAAUGAGCUUCACCAGGUUGCUCAGCAAGCUUCAAACAUUGAGGAUUUAACCGAAGUCAUACGAGCUUCACUAUUUGUCAUGUCUAAGCAAUGGUCCGAUGCGAUGCACACAUUUCAUGACAAAUUUGAUUCCCUCUCUAAUCUGAUUCAUGUCAAUGGAUUGGACUCAACUCCACAAGAGGAGUUUCUUAGCCUUUUAGGUGGUGCGCGUACAAGUCCAGCUGUUCACCAGUUUUUAGAGAAUUCUCUUGGUGAAGCGGGACUCAAGCGGAUAACGAAGUUGGUUUGUGGCGCUGGAAAGGAGCUUCAGGUUAUAGUUCUUGAACAUCUACAGCCUGCUGUAGAGAUCAUUGGAUUUAGAUUAGGAGAACUAAGAGGACUUUCCAAGUGGCGUUCACGUUAUCAAGGUGUCGGCUUGGAUGAAACUCUAAUAGAUAAUGCAACAGAGAAGGCGGGUAUGCUGCUAAUUCAGGUUGAACGGUUUAUGAGGGUUUUAUCUGCUUCCGUCCAACAGUUUUCAAACUUCUUUAACUGGCUUCAUAAAUGUGUGAAAAUGUUGAUGUCAGAACCAAGUGAUCAGCAUCAGCUUCUCGCAUUCAAUAGUGAACUAGUUAUUUUAUUCUUGAAGUAUCUAUAUGAUCAAGAUCCAGUAAAGCGGUUGCUCGAAUUUUCCGAAGUUGAUCAGAGUAUUGAAGUUGACGUGGAGACUAUGGAAAGAGUACAAGAAUUGGCUCAUUUUGGGGGUUUCACUGAUUUUGAUUACUUGCGAAGAACAUUAGCAAAAGAAUUUCAACAAGUGGAGUCUUGUUUCAAAGAGGCCUUUAAGAUGCCUUUCACUACAAUUUCCAAAAAGAUACUCUGCCAGAACUUGUUGCCAUUUUUUCCGGUCGAUCCUUUGCCAAAAUCUGCAUCAUCCACUGUUCCAACAUCCAUAUCAUAUUACAAGGGUGGUGCAAUUGAAAAACAAGAGCGCUUUGUUGAUUAUGUAUCUUUUAGAUUACCUGAUGAGCCUUCCUCAGACCUUGCAAAUUGCAUAGUUGUUACAAAAUGUUCAAUGAACGACUUACAAGCUGUUUUGUUAUGUGUUCCUGAUGGCUAUCAGUGUGUUGAUCUCUCUUUAUAUAAGGAAUGUCAACUUGUUUUACUAUUGAAUGGGCCGUCUUCCGUUUCUGAAAGCUCAGAGAAGGCUUGUAUGAUGAUUGUGCAUGCCGAUGAUCUUCCAUUUGUAUCUUUACCCAGUUCCGGUGCAUCAAGCCCUUGGAAAUUGGAGGAACUUAAGGACUCAAUUGUAUACUUGCAAAUGGAUAGUUUGAAAGUACGAGGGAUUCCUCACAAUGUGAUCGCUCCUUUAGCAGUUAGCGCAUCUAGAGGCGUUGCUUGUGUCUUUGCAACAAGAAAACGAGCUCUCGUUUACAUCCUGGAUGAAGAUGAAGAUGAAAUCUUGGAUGCAGAAUAGUUUCAUUUUCUUUGUUAUCUAUUCAUUUCUUUUUGACGAUUUUUCUUCUUUUAUGUGUAUACAGAUGAAUUUGGGGAAUUUUCUGUAUCCAAAUUUAAGUUUGUAGAUUUCCCUUUUGGAGUAAUUAUAUCAUAAACCAUCUAGUUUUAAGGA